CCCCUUAUCCGAAGCGAUGUUUCCGUUUCCUGGGCAGUUCGCGAGUCGCGACCACCUUCAACACCACCGAUGGCUUCUCUGCUUCGCCACCCUCAAUGCUUUCCCUCGACCUCGCCGUUCUCCGGCGACGCCUUCUCUUCCGCUCCUGCCCACCCAUCACGCUCUCCAGCCUUCCUGUCUCUUCCCCUGCCGAAAUCCCCAGCCUCCUCUCCUCUCCGCCGCUCUCUCGAGUCCAAGUCGAGACGGCCGUCGCUCCUUUUCCGCCUCUCUUGCGCUCCUUCGGCGACCUCGACUCUGUCCGUCGAAACGCAGUCGUCCGCAGAUGACGACGGUGGCGCCCGAGUAGAAAAAGAAGAGGAGGAAGCGGAGUUCUCGAAGACCAGAUUGAUUGCCCAGAACGUCCCCUGGACUUGUACUGCCGAGGACGUUCGGUCGUUGUUCGAGAAGCACGGGACGGUCGUGGAAGUCGAGCUUUCGAUGCAUAACAAGAUGAGGAACAGGGGUCUAGCUUUUGUGGAGAUGGGUUCAGCUGAGGAGGCUCUCAAUGCCCUCAACAGUCUCGAAUCGUCCGAAUUCGAGGGUAGAGUGUUGAAAGUCAACUAUGCGAAACUGCGAAAGAAGAAAUCGCCCCCUCCUGCGCAACCCAGACCAAUUGCAACAUUCAACUUGUUCAUAGCUAACCUGUCGUAUGAGGCUAGAGCGAAAGACCUGAGGGAGUUCUUCGACGCUGGGAGUGGUAAGGUUGCCUCUGCGGAAGUUAUAUUUCAUGACAAUCCAAGAAGGUCUUCUGGAUAUGGAUUUGUUUCCUUCAAAUCCAAGAAAGAGGCUGAGGCAGCCUUGACAACCUUUGAGGGGAAGGAUUUCAUGGGGAGACCGUUAAGAGUGGCACGAAGUAAGCAAUUUCUGAAGCUACAAAAUAAAGAAAGCUUGCAGUCCAAUGAUGCAUCAGAAGAGUUGAUACCUGAUGCUGAGCAGGUGGAUGAAGCUGAGUAGAAUCAAAAUUGGAAACACAGAGACACUUCCUGUUUUUGGUUAUAGUCAGUGAGAUCUCUUAAACACAGGCACUCAGUUUUCAUUUAUCAAGCUGUCUUUUUUUCGGUGGUAUCUGUAACUUUGUAAUGUGCGCUUUUGGCAUAACAUUGGAAACUAUUGCCCAAGCUGAAUGAAGCAGUUAUAGCGGAUGGUGUAAUCCUUCAUCUGUAUCACCAUUGAGUGAGAGCAUGUAUAUACAUAUGUAACUUUGCAUUUCAUACAACUAACACCUCAGUAAAAGAUGAAUGCGUAUGGAGAGUGUGCUUUCUCUGGCCAA